AUGCCGUCCGAAGUCGACACCAAGGAGGCACGGGAGGUGAACCGCCAGUCCCUUGUGAUAGACGAGGAGAAAUCAGCGUCUGUCGCGCCAGCACCCGCCAACGAGCAACGCGAGGUCGUGACGCCUGCCCUGCAAGAGGGCGACGCACCCGCGACGAGCAACUGGGAGAUCCGCUCAUGGUACCUCUACUACAUCGGGGCCAACGGCCUCGCGCUCUUCAACUUUGGCCCGACGGCCUUCCAGAACCUCCUUGACCAGGCAGCCGGCGACUCGGAGCUGCUGUACUUUGCCGGCCGCGCGCGCGACGUCAACAGCAUCGUGCUUCUCGCCAACGGCAUGUCGUUUGCUAUACAGGCGGCGCUGUUCCUCGUCAUCGGCGCCUACGCCGACUUUGGCACCGGCCGCCGCUGGGUCCUGCUCGUCUGGUCCGUCAUCGCGUACGGCAUCGGCUUCGGCUGGCUUGGCGUCCACGACGCCGCCAGGUGGAAGGUCGCCGCCGGCCUGUACAUUAUCGGCCUGGUCGCCUACCAGCUCACCCUGACCUACUGGACCGCGGCGUUCCCCUCGCUGGCCCGGAACACGGCGCACCUCAGGGCGUCCCGCGCGGCGUACGAGGCGGGCGAAAUCACCCAGCGGGAGCUGGACGGGCGGGACGAGAUGGAGCGCAGCAGACUUAGCAACGUGGCGUUUUGGAUCCAGUCGUGCGGCGAGAUUGCCAUCCUCGCCGUCAUCGUGGGCAUCAUGUUUGGCCUGCGCGUGGACGACAACCCGUCCAAUAAUAACUGGGGCCUCUCUGUUCUCGUCGCAUUCGCCACGGCGUGCUGGCUCGCGCUGUCUAUUCCCUGGUUCGUGCUGGAGAAGAAGCGCCCCGGGAUGAGGAUCCCGCCCGGCAGGAACAUUGUCACCGUCGGCCUGUGGCAGCUGUACGAGGCCCUGGGGCAGAUUUGGCGCCUCAAGCAGAGCCUGGUGUACCUCGCUGGCUACUUUCUGCUGGGCGACUCGCUCAACACCACCGUCACCGUCAUCGCCACUUUGCAGAACCAGGUCGUCAGCUACAACACCCUCACGCUGACGUACCUCCUCAUAGUCGGUAUUGGCGCCCAGGCUCUGGGCAUCGGCGGCUUCUGGCUCAUCCAGAAGAGGUUCAACCUCAGCGCCAAGACCAUGUUCAACGCCGUGAUGGUCUUUAUUGUCCUCCUUGACGGCUGGGGCAUGGUCGGCAAUUGGACUGACAGGUUCGGCUUUAAAAAUGUCUGGGAGGUGUGGCUAUACCAGGCUUAUUACGGAUUCGUCGUGUGCCCCUGGUACAGUUACUCGCAGAUCAUGAUUAGUUCUGUGACGCCCCGGGGACACGAGUUCCUCUUUUUUUCUGUCUUUAAUAUCAUUGGCAAGGCGUCUAGUUUUAUUGGGCCCUUGAUUAGCAGCGCUAUCAUCGAUGCUACGCCCGGCGGGCAGAAUAACAGCGCCCCGUUUUAUUUCUUAUUUGCGCUAAGCCUACUAAGCGCCCUGGGGAUAUGGGCGUUUCUGGACCUCGAGAAGAGCGCGAGGGAACAAGAGGCGUUUCUUGUCGAGGAGAAGGAGAGGGUCUAUGGGGAGGAUACUGCCGCCGCGAAGGAGAAGCUGGCAGCGUAG